AUGCCGGACUGGAACGACCCUCAACUGCUGGACGCGCAAUCUGUCGCAUUCCAGAGAAUGACACUCGUCUUCAUCGGAAUCUGCCUAUACGACUUCGCGAGCUCGAUACCGUUCGAUUGGAAACUUGUGGCGAGCACGGAAGUGCAACGAUCUCUCCUGGGAAGAAGCGUCAAAUGGGUAUACCUGAUAUGCAGAUACUGCAGCAUUGCUACCUGUGCCGAAUUUGCCGCCCUUGUGUGCGCUCGUGGGAAUAUUCAUUGCACAGCCUUGAUAAAGAUGAUCAAUUCUACCGCGAGGAUCGGCGUGAUCUGUGGCACCACACUAUUGUUCGUCAGGGUUUGUGCGAUUUGGGAAUGGAACAAGAAGAUCGUGGGGUUAUACAUCGCUGCAUGCCUUGCCAACCUUGCUCUGUCGGUCCGAUCUACCAUUGAUGUCCAAUCACACCUCGAAGACCGCCCAACCGGCCCUAUCUGCAGUAUAUCAGCAGCGGAAUUGGAUGCAUGGAGUACAUUUCUAUCGGUUGUAUCGGACAUCGUUCUUCUCUUGCUCUUGUUUGCAGGACUCUGGCGAUGGAGUGGUUUGCGCGGUGCACGCAUCUUUCAGCUCAUCCGCGAUCAGGGGCUUGUCUCACUGACUGUGGCGAUCGGCCUGCAGAUCCCGAUGGCUACCCUCCUCUUUCUCAAUUACAAUGAAUACAUGAAUAUGUAUUUCACCACUCUCAACUCCAUGUUGAUACCGAUGGUGACAACGUAUUGCUAUCGUUCGUUGAUUAGCUUCGCGAAGGAAAGCGUAAUGUAUACGGACGAAUUGAGUCAUCCGCAGACAUUGCAUCUGCCUAGAGUACCUCGUGGUUUUCGGAUGUCUGUCCAUACCUCCGAAGGAGAAAACAUAUAA